AUGGGCCUUCCUGGUCGUGGGAAGUCUCAACUUUUCUGUCGACAAAUCCUUUUAUGUUUCUGGAUUCUUAUCGUUCAAGCUGCAACUUCAGUAUUGGCCAAACUGCCUACAUCGCCGUCAUCGUCAUCGGAAGAAUCAUUCUACAGCUGUUUCAUCAGCAUAAUUCCAGCAAUGACAGAACAUCCCGAUUAUCAUCCCGAACAAGAUAGUGAUAUGUCCAAAGUACUCUCUGUCGACACUGAGCCGACGGGUACUGCAGAUGAAGUCAACACAGCCCUACAAGCUGCUCAAGCAGACUGGAAGAAACGAAAGAUUUCCACCGCAGAAGCGCUAAAUUCUGUCAAGGCUGGAAUUGACGAGACGAUCCAUGAGAACGAAAGCAAGGAUCAGAAUGUCCAAGCUGGAGGAAAGAAGUGUGGACAAGGACAAGAGGGCAAAUCUCAAAAGCAGAUGAAUAAGUUGUCCGGCUCUCCAGCAGAAGACUCGGUACGCAAGCCAUACGUACCACCUUAUCGACUGCGAUCGUCUUCACAAAAUGCGAUGAUUGAACGAUCGAUACUCGAACACCUUCCGGCUCCUCGCCCGAGAAAUGGGAACUCCCUCGAAACCCAUGCAACACAUUCUCCUUGGAACAAUAAUAACUUGCAUGGAAGCUAUGGUACAGGGGCGGACGCAUCUCUUGCUACGCAUGAAGCAGAAGCCCAUGUUCGAAUGCUUGCUUGGGAGAAUUGGGCAUUACGAAAUGUGCUAAUGUAUCAAUACGGGUGGAAUCGACAGGGUAUCGACUAUGCAUUAGACAUUGAGAGACAAAUAUUGGCAGCUGGGGCUCCCGCGAGUGGCUUCAAUCAUGGUUGA